GCCUCCUCGCCCCGCGCGGCUAAAGCCGGACCGUGCGGGGCCAGGGGUAGAGAACGGCCCCUCGCCGGGACUUGAACGCCAGACCCACGGAGCCCACGGCAAGUCCGCUCCGCUCGGAAAAUAUAGACCUUUUCAUCCCGCACUCACGACCCUCUCCUUUCCCCCAAAAUAUAAACAACUCGAGGGCGGAGGCCAGGGAACUGCCACCCGGCUUUACGUAACUUGACCCAGAGGCGGGCGGCGGCAGGUGGCUGCACCCGGCGAGCAAGGUGCUCGAAGCCCCGAGAACGCAGGACGCCGCUCGGGCAGCGAGAUGGCCGAGAAGCACGAGAGGCCGGGGAGCGGCGGCGGCCUCCUUACCUUUCCAGAUGCCCAGAGAGAGCUGGGACGUGUCCAAGUCCACCACAUAGUCCCCCAAGAACCGGUUCAACACGUCCACGACCACCGACUCGAAAACCAUGUUCCUCAGCCGUGGUGGGCACGGCAGCCGGGGCCCGUGCGCUCCUCCUCCCGCCGCCUUCCCCACGCCCCUCCCUCGAGGCCGUUCGGUUCACCGGCUCCGGGGCAGCUUAGGCUGCGGCGCCCCCGCUGGCCCGACGCGCAGCCCUAGGGAGCCCAGCGAAGGACGGAAGCGACCGCUCUCACGACGCGUGCGCAAGUCUGCGCGCGGCUGGAGGCGGAGCGCGGCGCAGACCUGGGCGCACAGCCCUGAGAGGGAGGAAAGGCGGCUGCGCGGCCGCGGCUCUGGAGGGUGCCGUUUUCGCGCAGAGCCCGGCUCCUCUUUCCUGUCGGCCCCGCCUCCUCCCCAUCGCCUGGCAACGGGACACCGGUCUGGAGCUACCGGAUUUUUUCCGAUCCCGCCCCCUCCUGCAGAUCAGCGUCCCCAACGGCCCCCCGGGGCGGGGCGGGGGCGGGGCGGUUACGCCCGACGGGAACGCCCCUCCCCCUAGAAGGAGGACUUAACUUCCUGCUGCGAGUCGAGGAUGGAAUUACAAUAGUCCCUGCCCUGCGUCUGAGAUGAGCACCCAUUUUUGGUCAAGUCAUUUAUACGGAGCUGUCUUUCAUUCCAAAGAGUGACACGCUUCCCUGCAGAUAAGAGUUAGAAUCAGCCGGUGUGGAAACUGCUGAACACCCUCCAAGAAAUACUGGGAGUGCUGGACCGUUGACCCCUAAGCCUCCACCGAACCACUGACCUAAAAUAAAUUACAAUUACAGAU